AUGACCGAAAACGUCGAUACGACCGUUGCCAUAAAGGGAUGCAGACCCAAGCACAUGUGCAUAUCUGAGAAUACUAUCCAGCAGUCGAUCAUGAACUGCCUCGACGUAUCAAGCUCGGCCUGGCUUAUCCAUACGGUCAGGAUUAAGCAUAAACCUAGGCUCAGAGCGAGGUACAUGAACCCUAUGAGAGAUUUCGGCGACUUUGCCUACUGGAUCGAUGAUAAUAAGGCAUUUGGGGUGAAGAAUCUAAUCAACGGUGAUCUCGAUGGGUAUGCGAGGUUCGUUCGUGCCCCUGCUUCGACGCUCCGCAUGACUUCUGGGUCUUAG